AUGUCAUCAAGCGGCGGCACAUAUUUUUAUUAUAGGGUCCCGAUAAUAAGAGAAAGUAACUCUGACGAGAAACCGUUCAAAUGUGGGAUGUGCUCGAAAACGUUCUCUUACAAGAGUAAGAUCAAACAGCACAUGGGCGUCCACACCGACGUCAAGCCUUACAGAUGUCAGACUGGUGCGAACUCUUUCACUCAGCUCUCCAAUCUGAACCACCACCUGUUCCUUCACACUGGGGUAAAGAGGUUCCAGUGUGGAGUCUGUGCAAAAUGUUUCUCUCGGCGCCCGGACUUAAAAAGACAUCUGAUAAUGCACGCUGGCGUCAGACCUUUUAAGUGUGACCAGUGUGCAAAAUGUUUCUCACGAAGUAUGGAAUUGGAGGUCCAUGUGGCAGCUCAUGCUGGUGUGACGUGUUUCAAAUGUGAUGUCUGUGCAAACGUGUUCUCACAACGUUUCGCCUUGAAGCAGCAACUCAGGUGUUGA